AUGGCAGACAUCUCCCUCCGCGGGCCGUGGACUCAGCUCCUGCCCCGGGGCACGGCCCCACGGGCCGAGCGUGGGGCGCUGGGAUCCCCAGGAGAACCUGCUGUGCCCGUGGACGGGCUAAAGGCCUCGUCGUUUCUCAGAGGCGAUGGGGAAGGAUUGAGGGGAGCCCUGAGCCCACUGGGCACCUGCCCGGGGGACCCAGCGAGGCUUCGCGCUCAAGUGCUGUCGGAGGCUCCCUGUGGCCCAGACCAGAGCUCUCUGAGGUCCCGGACGCCAAGGCGGAGCGCGUCAGCACCCCCAUACCCACCGGAAAGUCAGCACCUCCACACCCCCGUCACUCAGCGUGAGCAUGAGCUCAGCCUCCAGCCCGGCGCCCCGUCUUCCUGCCGUGGGGGCGCAGCCCGUGGAAGGCGAGCGGGGGCUCGGAGCCCUGCGGCCUGGCUGUUCCUGUCCGGAGGGGCUGUGUGUCCUGACACCCGCUUGCAGGGACAGUCCCCGCCUCUCUCACAGCCGCGGGAGGUCUGGCCCCAGCACAGCAGGUGCCAGGACGGCAGUGUGUGUGUGUGUGUGUGUGUAUUUAUUUGCAGCACACGUGUGUGCGUGCGUGUGUGCCUGUGUGCACGGGUGCAUGUUACGAGCGGGUUCCCUCUGGUUCUGUGGCUGACGCGGCUCCCGGCUCCUCGCUCUGGACACAGCGCCCCUUGGACUCAGGUCUCUGCCCUCGAACUUUCCACGUUUACUGGGAUCUGCUCCCAGCGCAGCCGCAACCAUGGACUUCUCACGCCUCCUCUGCACGUGAUCGCGUGCAGCCCACCCUGCUUCUCACAGAAGCACCCGGCGGCGUUGUUCCCGAUACCGUCGGUUUAUUGUACAGAUCGUUUUAUACGCCAGCCCGUCCGCCUGGGCCCGCGGUGCCACGCAGACCCGGUGUCUGCCAGGGCCUCCCCGAGGGCACUGCCUUUGCUCUGCUUCGAGGCCUGUUGGUGCCGUUCUGGGUGGUGGCCCUGGAGCCCUCCCCCCAAACCAAAGUGAGACGGGGCGUGCCUCCGCCUGUGCCCUCGCUGCGUCCCCUGAGCUGUCGAGGGAACCACGAGAUGCUGUACUUUCUACCGAAUUAAACGUGGGCCCCGACGGGGACCGGAGCGCAGGCUCCUCCUUGCUGUGCUGAGCCCUCGGGGUUCUCUGGGGUU